CAAGUAAAAUCAGGUUCCGAAUAAUAUAUAUAUACACAUUUCCUCAUCGAACAAAGGUGCUCAAUAAUGGCGGUGCUGGAGCUCCGGUCAUCGUUGUAGUCGGCGCGGCGGUGUUCGUCUGCGUGAUAUUCCCCUCCUCGUUUUCGCAUUUCGUUCGAAUUUGUGAGGUUUUGAAGAGGAAGAACUUUCGUUAAUGGCGGUGGAGUAUGAGUGCUGCGAAACCGGGUUCUUCAUUCACAUACUGGUGAUCGUCUUCUUGGUGCUGUUCGCCGGUUCGAUGUCCGGUCUGACCUUGGGGCUCAUGUCUCUCAGCCUCGUCGAUCUCGAAGUUCUCGCUAAGUCCGGGACGCCCAAGGAUCGUGUUUACGCCGCAAAGAUAUUGCCAGUCGUCAAAAAUCAGCAUUUAUUGCUUUGCAGCUUACUAAUUUGCAAUGCUGCUGCUAUGGAGGCACUUCCCAUUUUUCUCGACGGUCUGAUUACAGCCUGGGGUGCUAUUUUAAUCUCUGUGACAUUGAUUCUCCUGUUUGGUGAGAUUAUACCGCAAUCGGUUUGUUCUCGUUAUGGUUUGGCCAUUGGUGCUACAGUAGCCCCAUGUGUCCGGGUUCUUGUUUGGAUCUGCUUCCCUGUUGCUUUUCCAAUUAGCAAGUUGUUGGACUUUCUGCUGGGGCAUAGACAUGUUGCUCUAUUUCGUAGAGCUGAGUUAAAAACACUCGUUAAUUUGCAUGGCAAUGAGGCUGGAAAAGGUGGAGAAUUGACACAUGAUGAGACGACAAUUAUUGCCGGAGCCCUUGAGCUAACUGAGAAAACAGCCGGUGAUGCUAUGACUCCUAUAUCUGAAACUUUUACGAUAGAUAUUAAUGCCAGGCUUGACAGGGAGUUGAUGACUCUUGUAUUGGAAAAAGGGCACAGCAGAGUACCAGUUUAUUAUGAGGAAACCACAAACGUAAUUGGACUUAUCCUGGUGAAAAAUUUGUUAACAAUUCAUCCUGAAGAUGAGGUUCCCGUGAAGAAUGUCACUAUACGUAGGAUUCCAAGGGUACUGGAAACUCUACCACUGUAUGAUAUAUUGAAUGAGUUUCAGAAAGGGCAUAGUCACAUGGCUGUCGUUGUAAGAAGACGUGAAAAAAUAACGGAGGAAUCUGCCGAAAAGCCUGCCGACAAUUUAGUGAAAGACGUAAGAGUUGACAUUGAUGGUGAAAAGCCUCCUCAAGAGAAGAAGCUAAAGAGCAAGAGGUCACUCCAGAAGUGGAAGAGUUUUCCCAACACUUUAAACAAUUCAGAUAGGAGUGGGUCUAGGAGUAAGAAGUGGACAAAGGACAUGUACUCAGAUAUCCUGCAGAUAGACGGCAAUCCACUCCCUAAGCUUCCGGAAGAGGAAGAAGCUGUUGGAAUUAUAACAAUGGAGGAUGUCAUCGAGGAGCUUUUGCAGGAGGAGAUAUUUGAUGAGACCGAUCAUCAAUGAUGAGACCGAUCAUCAACAUGAAGACUUGUAACAUUGGCCUCUUUCCGGAGCUGGAUGUUUUGCUGCAGUAUUAUGGUGACGAAAAUUGUUGCAUUUGUUUCAAUAUUCCAUCCUUGGUUUGAACCUAGAUUGUCAUCCGGAAAUGUAGUUAAAAUGUAUUGAUAGCCCUUUGUUGCUUGAGAUAUGGAGAGAUUAAAAAACGAACAAGUAUCGUUUACAUAAUAGUCUGUAUAAUGUUUAAGUUGAAACUCAAUCCUUUUUCGUAUGUGAGAAACAGUUGUGUAUCUCAGAAUGUAUUCUGUUCCUUUCGAAAUUGUCA